UAAAACCCGCUGUUGCUGCCUGCUGGGUGGGUGAAGCACUUUAUUGAAAAGUUCGGCUGCCUCUGACGGCUCCUGGCCUUUGAGAAAUGGACAGCCAAGGAAGGAAAGUGGUUGUGUGUGAUAACGGAACAGGGUUUGUCAAAUGUGGCUAUGCAGGAUCCAACUUCCCCGAACACAUCUUCCCAGCAUUGGUGGGCAGACCCAUCAUCCGAUCCACGGCCAAAGUGGGCAACAUUGAGAUUAAGAAUAACAAAAAGAUGGAUCUGAUGGUGGGAGAUGAAGCGAGUGAGCUGCGCUCGAUGCUGGAGGUGAACUAUCCUAUGGAGAACGGUAUUGUCAGGAACUGGGAUGACAUGAAGCACCUGUGGGAUUACACCUUUGGACCGGAGAAACUCAACAUCGACUCGCGCAACUGCAAGAUCCUCCUCACAGAACCUCCAAUGAACCCCACCAAAAACCGUGAGAAGAUCAUAGAGGUCAUGUUUGAAACGUACCAGUUUGCAGGCGUUUACAUCGCCAUCCAGGCUGUGCUAACACUGUAUGCUCAAGGUCUUCUGACAGGGGUGGUGGUGGAUUCGGGCGAUGGCGUGACCCACAUUUGCCCUGUGUACGAGGGAUUUUCUCUGCCUCACCUGACGAGAAGAUUGGACAUCGCAGGACGAGACAUUACACGAUAUCUCAUUAAGUUGCUCCUACUGCGAGGUUACGCCUUCAACCACUCGGCAGAUUUCGAGACUGUGCGCAUGAUGAAGGAGAAUCUCUGCUACGUGGGAUACAACAUCGAGCAAGAGCAGAAACUGGCUCUGGAGACCACCGUACUGGUGGAGGCUUACACGCUUCCUGACGGUCGGGUUAUUAAGGUAGGGGGCGAGCGUUUCGAGGCUCCAGAAGCUCUGUUUCAGCCCCACCUCAUUAAUGUGGAAGGGGUCGGGGUGGCAGAACUUCUCUUCAACACCAUUCAUGCAGCAGAUAUUGAUACAAGGGCUGAGUUCUAUAAACACAUUGUUUUGUCAGGAGGAUCCACCAUGUAUCCUGGUCUGCCCUCUCGAUUAGAGAGGGAACUUAAACAGCUUUAUCUCGAGCGGGUACUAAAGGGUGAUGUCGACAAGCUCUCUAAAUUCAAGAUCCGGAUCGAGGACCCUCCCCGGCGCAAGCACAUGGUGUUCCUGGGUGGGGCGGUGCUGGCUGACAUCAUGAAAGACAAGGACAACUUCUGGCUGACGCGGGAAGAGUAUCAAGAAAAGGGUGUGCGCGUUCUGGAGAAGCUUGGCGUCACCGUCAGAUAAACGCUUCCCGUAAGGCUGCGUCGCUGACCCCGCUUGUGCCGAUCGAUCUGUUUCACAUUGCUCAUCUCCCUGUUGUUCAGCCUCUUCUGCCGGCGAUUCACGUCAUUGAUGUGGAUUGAUGGGUUUUGAUUGGGAAAGGGUACUGGGGAUAUAUUAUCAGUUUCAGUUUUUUUUGGUUCGGUCCUCUGCCCCCUGCCCCCUGCUGAACAUACCAGUAAAGCAGUGAUGUCAUCAGCAGUCAUUUCAGUGUUUGUCAAUGCUUGUGUCUGCAUAACAUACAUGUAUGUUGGGAUCGGGUCAUUAUUACUAUGCAGUACAUUUUCAUGUUCCCAUCAUGCGUCUUAAUAUAUUUGAUAAACUAUUAAAAGCAUAGUUUUAAAAAUGAGAAAUGUAUGAGUUGUUUCAUCACAAUGUCAAAGAAAAAAUGGCUCUAUAGUUUAUUAAAGAAUAAACAAACGUCAUUUUUUUGUUUCCUUUCUAAUGAAAUAUUUUAAAUGAACCAUGUUUUCUUGAGAAUUUUUAAAAUUAUUAAUCUGCUAAAUUUUCCUGUCUUCAAUAUCAUCUUGCAUGUGUUUUGUAAUAACUAGGUUAGUUAAUGAUGUCAUCCUCUAGAAAGCGACAUCAUUUAACUGGGAGAAUAACAGCACAGACAUCAGUGUUAUCACUGAAUUUUGUGUAUUCUGUGAUUGUUGUUUUAGGUGUCUGUUGGUUUGUCUCGCUCUCAACAUUCCACCCUUUUACCGCAAUCGGUAUUAAAGUAAAAAUGUUUUAACUACAAAUUAACUUCAUCACGCAAGGAACUCAUAAUCCUAUAAGCCUCUUCUUGCCAUUGAGUGAAUAAUAAAGUUAUUGGUGAGGUUAAAUUAGAUUAGAUUAGGUACAGUAUAUUCUCUUAUAAAAAAGACUCUAGACUCAACAACAACAUGUUCUAUUUGUUUUAAAGGUACUGCAUUACGGGAAUGAUGACAUUGGUGAUGAGAGCGAGUAAGAGUAUAGAAGCUGUUAAUGGCUAUGACAGGUGUUAUCAUCACUAUUGCAUUAGUGCAAAAACUGCCCGUUCAACAUUGUUUACUGUGUGUCAGCCAGGUGACUGAGGACCUGAACGCUUUAUUGUCUCCAAAUGCUUUUUUUUCCAGUCUGAGCACAACUGAAAACGAGCAACCAAAAUAUACCAGUUAUUUUAAUUCCAGUGUGGUUACGAAGCUUUAGCACUGUCUCUGUCAUAUCUGCCUGUUUUUGUCAAAUGCUCAUUCAGAAGAACAAGACGGUUUUUUUAAGAGUUUUAAUAGAUUGGCUUGAGAGUGUGUGGGAUUUUGAUAAGGUAUUUAGCAAGCUGGCCAGUCUUUUGCUAGAUUGCCAUUGCGAAUUGUAUUUUAGCAGACUUCAACAUGCUGUUUCAGCAGUUGAGAACAGAACUUUUAUGUUGUUUAUAUAUUAUAUAUACAGUAUACAUAAAGGAGGGGGAAAUCAUUUGCUUUUCUUAGCUGUCCAAUUGUUGCUAUUUUUAUUAUUGUUGUUGUUUUUUACUUCUUAUCUUUUUCUUCUGCAGUGCUGUGUCUAGCAUAGAAUAAAAGCAUAUUAUUUUCUAUUGA